CCUUCCCAUGCACCUCUCGCUCUAUCAAGCGUAGGGUCUGCAACUGAGCCGCGUUUGAUCACUAACGACAGGUUUGUAGAUGAUAUGUCGCAUACGACAUGUCUUCACCAUGAGCAAUCUUCAGAAUACUUAGUAAGAUAUAAGAUGCUCAAGCUUAAAGACGGAAAACUUUGAGUUAUCGCAAACGUGGCCUGCGUAGAAUAUAAAUAGGGGUUCAGGUAUCCUUCCGGGUGAGCCUCGUCUUCCCACGAUUACCUACCCCAAGCAGCGAACGAACCAGUACAAAACAGAAUACAAUGUCACAUAUCCCGAACAACACUGUCAUGCAAUUCAAAUCAGAGGAAUUCGCGCCGACUAGCAGUACGACAGAUAUGGAUGAUUGGCGUAAAGAACUGAUUGGGCCCAACUGGAAAAAAGGCGAGAUGAGACAGCGACACGUGAGCGUCCAGUGGUACAAAGCGGGAAUCCGGGUAGACAUUCGGAGAUGGUUCUCUAACUACGGCGAACUACAACCAGCUAAGGACGGUAUCUCCCUCAACGAGAAAGAAUUCGAAUGCUUGGUAUUAUUAGUCCCUGAAAUCCGGGCGCAGAUCACGCAGUUAAAGGCGCAGAAGAGGAAGGAUUGAACCAAGGUUACCUAUCCCAGUACCCACCUUACAAAUGAUGCAAUUGCAAUCCAUUAUCCAGAUUGAUUCAUAAUGAUAUUUCGCUUAGCUUAAAUAAUAUCUUUUCAAUAAACCUCACACCGAUCAAAACUCCGUCUUCAUCGUGCAUGUCGGCUUGAUCACCGA